AUGCUUAAAUUUUAGAAGAAAGCGAAACAUGAAGCCAAGGCUUGCAUUCUUGAUGUAGUUAAUUCAUUAGAUUUCUUUGGAUAACCUCCUUUUUUUAGAAUUUUAAAAAGAUAAAAGUUUAAUACACUUUUAGGGCAUUUUCUUACAGUAAUUUUAAUGAUUGUAUGUGCUCUUUAUUUGUAUUUCCAAUUUUAAGAUUUACUUGAUCAAAGAAGUCCUAGCAUCAUUAUAUCUGAAACCUAAAACAUAAAUACACCGGUAUUGAAUGGAUUCAUUAAAUAAGGCUUUUUCAUUAAAUUCAAAAAAUUUUACAUUUGCACUUACUAUAGCAGGGCCAACUUUAUCAGCUUUAAAGACUUACAAGAAACAUUUUGAUGUAGGUAUGACUGCUUGUAAUAGAACACGCUUUUUAAAUGAAACAACAUAAGCAAUUGAGGUUUCAUUAACGUAUAAUAGAUUUUAUUCAAUUAUUUUUUAGAUGCAGAGAUAUCCCAUUAGAAAGUUGUGAUUUAGAUACACAUUUUCCAGAAUAAUAUUAAAAAGAAUAUUUUGGAAAGUUCGUUUUAAAAAAUAUGUUUUGUAUCAACAAAACAGUUAGAGAAUAAAAUCCUCCUGUAAUAUAUUAGAAUUAUGAUAGCAACUUCAAGGUUUUACUAAUGCAGAUACUUAUUAAUAUGUAACGAUAUAUAUGACACCUUGUAAAAAUAGUACAACAUAUGAUGGAUGCAGUUCAACUGAAGAAAUCUAAGCAGGAUUAAAAACUGGAUUUUUUGCAGUAUAUCUAGGUGACACAUUAUUAAAAUUGGAUAAUCCAGGUAGACCUUAUGAAGAAAUCAUUACAAUAUAAUUUGCUUCAUUUUCAUCUAGUUAAUCUAAGUAAAUAUUUUCAAAUUUUAAAAUCAUUGAUACAAAAACUGAUGUUGGUUUAAUAUAAUAAGAUUAUGUCUAAGAACUAGGAUUAAUAUAAUCUUAAAUAAAAGAUUCUACGGGACCAUUUAAUUAAAAUUUUUAUAUUGAAAAUACUUUAUAUUUGGAAUAGAGAGCUAAUAAUUAUAAGAGAUCUUAUAUUAAGGUAUAGAAUAUAUUAGGAAAUGUUGGUGGUCUUUGGUAAUUGGUAGCUUUAACUAUUACAACUAUAGUUAGUCCAAUAAUUGCUACAUUGAUGAAUCUUUAAUUGGCAAAUAGAAUAUUCAAUUUUGAAAAUGAAAAUGAAAAUAUUAAUGAAGCUAAUUCAUUAUCUAAAUCUAAUUAGAAUUUAAAUAUUAUCAUAAAUGGAUAACCAUAAAAGAAUGAUCUUAUUGUUGAAUUGAAUAGGUAAGGUAAAAUACCUUAAUAAUCCAAAAGAGAUUUAGAUAAAGUCUAAAAUAGAGGCUAAUUAAAAUAAUAUUUGAAAUAAAGAAAAAGAUAAUUGAAAGUAGGUUUAUGGGAUUUGAUUUGUAUGAAUUUAGGAAUUAAGAAAAAACAUAAGCAAUAAAUUGAUUAUGCAAUUGAAAAAAUUCUAUGUAAACUAGAUAUUGUUAAUAUUUUAACUAAAAUACAAGAAAUAGAUAAAUUAAAAUAUGUGAUAUUUAAUAAAGAAUAAUUAGAACUAUUUAAUUAUAUUCCUAAACCAUUAAUACCUAUAGACAUGUUCUCACAGGAUUUUGAGAAAAAAUUAAAUGUAUUAGAAGGAAAAGCAGAAUUUUAAUUUAUUUUAUAAGAAGAAAAAUCAGAUUUAAUUAAAGUAGAAUCUGCAUUUAAUGCAUAUAUGAAAUUAUCAGAAAAGAAAAGAUUAAGUGAUACUGAUAAAAAUAUACUAGAAUUAGUUGGUGAUGAUAUGGUUGCAAUAUUUGAUAAAAUUAAUAAAAAUUAAGAUGAAUUUUUAUUAUAAAGUAAUAGAUAUAUGCAUUCCAAUUUAAAUUUACUAGAACAAAAUUAAAUUGAAAUCAUAUCACCAAUAAGCAGUAAAAGUGAUAAUGAAUAAUUUAAUAGAAGUAGCAAUAAUUUUGAAAAUGAUAAUUGUGCAUGUAUUGAAGAUAAUGAAGAUUAAGUUGCAUAAAUACCACCAAAAAUACCAUCUAAAAAAUGA